AUGACGUCGUACCUGGACGAAGACGACGUUUCAAUAGUAUUUGCCGCAAUCAUCUGUACAAGAUAUUUGUCGACUUUGACAGGCCGGUAUGAAUACUUUGCCAUCAAGCAUCGGGUGCAAGAGUCUCGCCUGAGAAGGAUCGAAACGUUGAAUCAAGGGUUACGGCGCUACGAGCGACGAGGCUACGAGGCUACGAGGCUGACCCAUGCAUCCUACGGCCCGACGUCCCGGGUUCUCGCUCAGCACAGCUUCAACGUUGUUCAGUCUGCAACAUUUACAUUCGUUCAGACUGCGCUUCGCAUCAAACCGAAAACUAAGAGCAACGGGGCCGAGGUUCCUGAAAUGAAAGACAUAAUACUUCCUGCAUCACAGAUUCAUAGAUAG